AUGAGCAUCAAAAGCCUCACAGUCGAAUAUGAGCCGUCAAAGGAGAGGAGCGGCUUCACCAGAGGAGAAACUCUGACGGGAACAGUGGUGCUGGAGUUGGCUAAAGACACUAAAAUUGAGUGUCUUUCAGUGAGGGCCAAAGGGAAAGCUUCUGUGUUUUGGUCAGAAAAUUAUAUCUACACUGUUGUUUUGUAUAAGGCCAAGGAGCACUUUUUUUCUAUUUCCAAAACCCUGCUGGAUCAAUCAAGACCUGAGUCUAAGGUGCUCACAGCAGGGAGGCACGAAUUCCCUUUCGAUUUCGAUAUUCCUGACAUUGACUUGCCAAGAGACUGGGUGGGACGCCAUGGACAAAUCAGCUAUUCACUGGCAGCCAGAGCAAGCCGAUUCAUGAGAUUGGACCGGAAAGCCAGAGCAACCUUCACCGUUGAGUCAAAAGACAACUAUUCCGACAUCGAUAUAAUGAAACCUCAACAAGGACAGGAUGAAAGAAAGGGAAUGUUUUCAUCUGGUUUAAUGGCUUUGACAGUUAGUACUAAAAAGACAGGUUAUCAACCAGAGGAAGGGCUGGAAAUCACAGUUCAAAUCCACAACAACUCAAAAGACACAAAAGCAACUCCCAAAUAUAUGUUGUACGAGAAGCAGUCGUUCUUGUGUAAGAAGAAGAGGAAGGUCCACACUAAGUAUAUUGCGGAGGGGAAGGGAGAGGUGGUGCCAGCUGGAGAACAAGUGGCCCAGACUCAUGUACUACAAAUACCCUGGCUCGCCAAACCAACUUUACUCAACUGUGACAUGGUCAAGCAAGAGUAUAGACUGGAGGUCCGCCUCGAUGGUCCCAUGUAUUCUCCCGUGGUCAAGUUGCCAAUCUUUGUGCUGCCAAGAAAGAAAAACUCAGAUUGA